CAAGUUUUUGUCCAAUUUAUAGUCUCGUGCAAAGAAAAUGUAAAGAAAACACCCCAAUAACCAUUUUCAGUCUACAUAAAGGGGUUGGUCUGGAUUAAGGAUGAUUGAAUCUAAGUCUCCUCUGUAAAAGUGCGCUAAUUUCCUCAACAGAGAAGAAACCAAAUAACAUUUGACGUUUGAUCGGCGCGAUAAUCCCCGACCAUCCUCGGUUCCCAGGCUACUGUAUCACACUGGGUAAAUGGAGUUUUUGAGGAGAUCAGCGAUCUCCAGUCCGAAUUCAUAUGGAUUCGCCCCAACUGUUAAGGCGCACUGAGCUCUUCCCCGCUAUUUGGCCCCGGGGAGCCACUGUGCCCUUUUGAUCAUUUCAGUCUCUGCUAGGCACAAUAGUGCUGAUUGGCUGAAAGGCUAAGAAGGGGGGAAAAGGCUUUAAUUAAGCAGAUAAUCUCGGUUUGGGAUGAGAGCAGAUCCAUUUCAGAGGCUGCCUGUAGCUUAUAUAGACUCUGCUGCGCCUGAAUUCCGUUUUCUAGGCUAACAUCUGGCUUUAAAGGCGCUCGCGCAGGAUGUUCAUCCAUUUGGACGUUUAUUAUUACAUUUUCAUUUUGAUGGUUCACAUGAAAUCCUGCUGCAGUUGGUCAGUGAAUAAUUUCCUGAUGACUGGGCCAAAAGCUUACCUGAUCUAUUCUAGUAGCGUAGCUGCAGGCGCUCAGAGUGGGAUUGAGGAAUGCAAGUAUCAGUUUGCGUGGGAGCGCUGGAACUGUCCAGAACGAGCCCUUCAGCUUUCCACCCACAGUGGACUCAGGAGUGCAACCCGGGAGACAGCUUUUGUUCAUGCCAUCAGUUCUGCUGGGGUUAUGUACACUCUCACAAGGAACUGCAGCCUGGGAGACUUUGAUAAUUGUGGCUGUGAUGACACCAGGAAUGGUCAACGAGGUGGUCAAGGCUGGCUGUGGGGUGGCUGCAGUGAUAAUGUGGGCUUUGGAGAGGCCAUCUCCAAACAGUUUGUGGAUGCAUUAGAAACUGGGCAAGAUGCACGUGCUGCCAUGAACCUGCACAACAAUGAAGCUGGACGCAAGGCUGUGAAAGGGACCAUGCAAAGGACGUGUAAAUGCCAUGGUGUGUCAGGCAGCUGCACCACUCAGACCUGCUGGCUUCAGUUGCCCGAAUUUCGAGAAGUGGGCAACUACCUGAAAGAGAAGUACCACCGCGCCAUUAAGGUGGACCUCCUACGUGGUGCAGGUAACAGUGCGGCCAGUCGCGGGGCUGUCGCUGAGACCUUCAGUUCCAUUUCUCGUAAGGAGCUGGUGCACCUGGAGGAUUCUCCUGAUUACUGUGUUGAGAACCGUACGCUAGGUCUUCCAGGUACUGAAGGCCGUGAGUGCUUAAAAAAGGGCAAGAAUCUGAGCAAGUGGGAGAAGCGCAGCUGCAAGCGGCUAUGCAGUGACUGCGGCCUGGCUGUGGAGGAGCGCAGGGCAGAGACUGUAUCAAGCUGUAACUGCAAGUUCCACUGGUGUUGUGCGGUAAAAUGUGAGCAGUGCCGCAAGACUGUCACCAAGUACUACUGUGUGAGAGCCAAGCAGGUUAAGAAUGAUAGCGCGGGUCGAAGAAAAAGCCUUCGCUUAAAGAAAAAGCACUAAUGUGGUCUUUAAGGCUUGAAAAUGACAGUGUAUCUUUAAUAUAUAUAUUCAACCUUGCAAUUUUGACAGUGCAUUAGCAAUUAAAAACACUGACACUGAAACAUAAGACAUGCUCAGGCAUUAUGUCUAAGUCUAUACAUGUCUGAGUAUAUCUACACUCAGUCACUUUUCAGCUGUAUUUCUGAGAUAGCACUGAAAACUGCAUUUAACCAUAAAAUAGGGUUCAGUAGACUAUGAAUAAGGCAUUCUUUGAAAUAGUGUCUCCCAGAAUUUUAGCAACACAAAUCUGUGUCUCUGUACUCUUUCUAUUAUAAUACACAUCUGAAAAAAACAACACACAACUAAAUAUAAUUGUGUUAUGAAUUGGGGAUAAUAAUCAUACUCUCUGUAAAUGAACUGUAAAUAAGAUGAAGCACUUUGUAUAUUGUUAAUUUAUUUCAUACAUGUAGUGGCAUUUUGUUGGAUAGAUUUUUUUUUUUAUUUUGUAUU